CUCGUUUCGGUUCCUCGUUAGUGGCCGUCUUGAUGAUAUAUUGUAGCAACGGUUGUUCGCUAGUUGUGGUUUCGGUUGUUUGCUAGUAUGGGUACUUGAGCCGAAUCAUCUUGAUCAUUCUAGUUUCGAUUCUUCGCUACUGAUAUUGCAACUUUCCGCGACACUGAGGUGUGUACAACUACUUAUCACAGUUAUAGUUUUCAUGUAACGUACUAGUCUAGGAUUACCUCUUACAUUAUGAUAUGGUGAUCUCCAGUGCUUUUCAUGAGCCCGCUCCAUUCCUUUUCGAAGACGUCUACUUCUGCAUGGAUGUUGUAACGAGAGAUCGACCUGAGUAAUUAUCUCUAAUUUUUCGAGAGAUCGGACGGGACAUUGCGAGUAUGGUUGCAGUUGGCGAGAUUCCGCUUGAUACGCCCGACGUGCACGGGGUGCGGCUGGCAAAAAUACCUAUGCAUGGAGGGACCAUGCGUCCCUACGGAGCGAAUAGUAUAUUUUUUUUACACUUGAUAAAUUCAUUUGUAACUAAUAUUGCUUUUUGUGACCACUCACAGUGAGGGCACCUUCCUUGGUAAUUUUGUACACUCCUCUCUUUGAAUUUUACAGGCGUUGUAUUGUGCCCUGAUAUGCGAGACAUGCUCUUUCGUUUUUGUCAAGUGCCCGUAUACGGCUGAUGAACAAAUGAAUGUGGACGGUGAAUAGGGAUAGGGCCCACUAGGCAUAGGGAUAGGGCUCUUUAGGCUGGCAGGUUACCAAAAUAUAUGAAUAGUUUGUGGAAGUUGUAUCUGCGUUUAGUUUAUCGUGUAUGUAAAGCUCAUGGAGCUUGGAGGCUAGUCUGAUCAUAGACGUAUUACAAGCAAGUUGCUGCACUUCGAUCGAUCCCAUUGAGUCGUGCAUGAUGAUAGUUGUAAAUCUGUUUUUAUGGAUUCAGUUUUUCUUUUUGGCGCAUUGGGGUGAAAGUUUUCGUGUGUAGAUCUAUCUCGUUUUGAUUUAAGUUCUUCUAAUUCUCGAGGUUUUAUUCUAGUCGUUUUGUAAUUGUAGUCUUUCUAUCCACUCAGGUACGAUGUUUGUAGCAACUCUUGAUUUUUAUUUCGUAUCUACCGCACUCAACGUCCUCCCCAAGCAAGGUCCCGAGUGUCCGCAACUCGGUUUUUUCGGGAGGUGGUGUGCGUUUGAUUCUUUUACCAAAGCAUAGAAGCGCAUUUUUAUCCUUGGAGACACUUGCCGCAGGGAACCUGACGGCCGACGCUGCGCCGACGCGCCUCCGAUGAGAAGGCAGCAUGCGCGCGACGCAACCAAAAGAAGAAAGGAAGAUUCUUUUCGCGGCUAAGGGGGAGGAUGCAAUAGUAUCGAAAAGGUCGGGAAGGGCGACACGCAGGGACACGACUUCCUCGGCGAGAAGAUAGUGCGUUGUCCAACUUCUGAUGAGACAUGUCUAUAACGACUUACGAAUAGAAGUAUGAUACUUACCUCAUUGCAGUUCACGAGCCUAACCAGGGCUACGAUAUUUACAGCGCAUAGGUAGUAGGAAAUAAGUAAGUAUUUGAUUGAUUUCAUCAGUUUUCUUUUCUACUUGGGUCUCUAAUGGAACUAGAGGAGAACUUCUUUUCCAAAGAAAAGAUCAAUUCAUGGUCUAAACUUCGCUUCCUUGUGGUGUAGUGGGAACACCACAACCGACAAGCACGAUCCUUUCUUCCGCUCCUCUCUGAUGAUAUUAGUACUGUCUUUUUGUUGUUUUGUGACAUGAUUCUUUUACAGCGCCAUACAUUCUGGAUUUCUGACGUGGUGAUGAUUUUCCUGCUCGCUCGCCUGGGU